UUUCGAAGUGCACUAGAUGUUCACUACAGGGUUGUUUGGGAUACGGCCCAGUAUUGUUUCCUCCUUCACUGCGUGGUGUUGAAGAGGUUUCAGAAAAAAGGGGAAAGAGGUGUCGGUGGAUGUGAUGGCUCUGAAAAGGAUUCAGAAGGAAUUACAGGACUUGCAGCGAGACCCUCCUUCACAAUGCUCUGCAGGACCGAUGGGAGAGGACUUGUUUCACUGGCAGGCUACGAUAAUGGGACCAGGUGACAGUCCGUAUCAGGGCGGGGUUUUCUUCCUGACUAUUCACUUCCCAACAGACUACCCCUUUAAACCACCGAAGGUUGCCUUCACAACAAAAAUUUACCAUCCAAACAUCAACAGUAACGGCAGCAUCUGUCUGGACAUCCUGCGCUCUCAGUGGAGUCCUGCGCUCACCGUGUCUAAAGUGUUGUUAUCCAUAUGCUCACUACUGUGUGACCCGAACCCAGACGACCCUUUAGUUCCAGACAUCGCACACAUCUACAAAUCAGAUAAAGACAAAUAUAACAGAAUGGCCCGAGAGUGGACUCAGAAAUACGCCAUGUAACUCGCUCCGGUUCCACCAGCAGGACUCAGCAGGACGGUUGCACGUGGACGAUUAAUGAGGACGUACUGUACCACCUUUUAUCCAAAACCGGUGGACUGUUUUUGGUUCCCCCCUCACCCUCCCCCCCGUUUUUUUUCCCUUUACAGAGGAAAACCCAUAGCUGAAACUGAAUCGCCGAAACGUUACGCUUCCGUUUACAGAACCCCGAUGGAACAAGGAAAGGUUAUCAGGCUACUGCUGAUGAGAGUCUCAGAGUAGCCACAACAAAUAAUGAUGAUAAAUAUUAGCAUUUGUUACCGGUACACAUUGUUUUUCUCUUUUAGAUAUUUUAUUGUAUCAUAUUAAAACAUGUUCUGGAGCUAUUUUUAUUUUUGAAUUAAAGACAUCAUGGGAAAGUUUUUUUUUUUUUGUUGUUUUUUGUUUUGUUUUGUUGAUGCUGUGUGUGAACUAACAAGCAGGUUGUGUUCUUUUAGAUGGUUAUUAAAGAUUUAAUGUGUGUUAGGGGUAUGAUGGUAUACUGUGAUGAAGGAAUCUGGAAUAAUUAUUCUGUUACCGUUAAACUAUACUGGUAUACAUGACCCCGCGGGGAAAAAAACUAAACAAAGUGUUGUAAAACCAGGUUGCAAGGUGAAAAUAAAAAGAAAACUGUAUUUCUA